CACAGAGAAGACACACACACACAGCACAGAGAAAGGAAUAUUCAUCCGCGCGCGCGCGCGCGCGCGCGCACACAGCAGUGAAGCGGUUCGAAUCCAACGCGAAAGCCGAAGGAAUUUGGAAUGUAAAUUGGAAUAUAUUUUCUUGGCUGUUUUUAUCAUCAUCAUCAUCAUAGCAGAUUGUACGUUUCGGUUUAUUUAAUAAUUUAUUCCGCUCGCUGCUGCGGGCGCUGACGGGGAGGGGAAAGAGGAGGAGGAGGGGGGGGGGGAAUUCGCGAGGAAUUUAUUGGUGCGUCUCCGAGCGGGGAUAUGGAGCUAUCCGCGGUGGGGGAGCAGGUGUUUGCCGUGGAGCAAAUUCAGAAGAAACGCGUCAGGAAGGGUCGUGUGGAGUAUCUGGUGAAGUGGCGAGGAUGGGCUCCCAGGCACAACACGUGGGAACCCGAAGAGAACAUCCUGGAUCCCCGACUCGUGGUCGCCUUUGAAGAAAGGGAGCAGAGAGAGCGAGUAUUUGGUUUACACAAGCGGGGUCCAAAGCCACGCCGCCUCCUGCUGCAGCCAGCACCGUCGCCUCUGGUUUCCCACGCACGCUACCCGCUGCUCGGAUAUCGCCGGUUCCCUGCAUCGCCACCAGCCGUGCCACCGCGCUUCAAGCAGCAGAGUGUGGUGCCGGGCUCGGCUCCCGGUGUCGGCGUAACCACCGUGCGGCCCUCCACCCCGAAUCGGCAACAGCAGCCGCAGCCGCCGCAGCCGCCGCAGCCGCCGCCGCAGCAGCCGCCACCGCCGCUCGCUCCUUCCUCCGGACUCGAAUUCGGCCGCGGUUCCGGCUACGGUUACGGAUUCGGCCAAAACCGCGGCGUAGCAAAGGGCGGCGACGCGAGCCGGGAUCGAACCCAGACGUCGCAGCUCGGCGGCGCGGAGGGCGGCCGACCGGAGACGCUGCCGGCGCGCGAGAAAGCGGCGACGGGGCGGUGCGAGCGCGAGGCCGGGGCGCUACGGCAACACGAGCGGCAGCAGCAACAGCAACACCACGAGCGGCAUCAGCAGGAGCGGCAUCAGCUGCAGUGGCAGCAGCAGGAUGAGUGGCAGCAGCAGCAGCAGAAGCGGAAAAAAAAGCGACUCAGGGACAAACAGAAGCGACACCGACACAAGCUACAGCUGCAGCUGCACCGGCUGCAGCUACAGCUACAGCAGAAGCAGCAGGAGACGCAGCAGCAGCAGAUAGGACAGCAGGAGACGCAGAAACAUGCCCAGGAGACACAGCAGCAGCAUCAGGAUAAGCAUCAUCAUCAGAAGCAGCAGCAUCAGAAGCAGCAGCAGCAGCAUAAUCAGAAGCAGCAUAAUCAGAAGCAGCAUAAGCAGAAGCAGCAUCAGGAGCAGCAGCAACAUAAGGAGCAGCAGCAGCAACAACAAGAGACGCAGCCAAAACAGGGCAGCCCUUGCACCGACUCCCAUAAUCAAGAGCAGCCCAUAGACCUGAGCUGUCUCAGUGGAAAUGGCUCCAACCAGCUCCCGGCAAGAGGGGUCUCUCCGAGUCAAGGGCAUGGCCAAGUGCAAGGGGAGGAGCAGGACCACGAGUUGGAUGGAUGCGGGGCCUCGGUCGAGGACGGAGUGCCAACGUCCAGCUCCGACUGCGGAUCGGAGCCAGGAGCGGACACAAAACACGAGGAAGGGUCCGGGAUCGAACGGGGACCCCGGUUCCCGUGGCUUUGGGGCUUCGCCGAGGCGUCGGCGGCAACGGUGGGCGUCACGGACGUGACCGUCACGGACGUGACCGUCACGGACGUGACGACGAACCUGCUCACCGUCACGGUGCGCGAGUCUCUGUGCGAACGCGGGUUUUUCAGGAGCAGACCCAUGUAGCCGGGGGGAGGGGGGGGGGGGGAAGGGGGACUCACUGGUAGAGAGUGGUGGCACGUGACUGUUGAGAACGAGGCGUGCACGAUUUCCCAGACCUGUGCGUCCCACUCCCCCGCACCCACACACUUGGCUGAGCCGAGUUCGACACGGUGGCGUGAAACUAAUCGAGAUGGCUCACGCUGGGGGCCCGACAACUGGCCGUUAGCAUCAUCCGUGCACGCCUCCCUCGGAGAGCUGAAUUCUUCCGCGAGGUGCUGUGGCCGCCUAAGCUCGUCGCUGGAUGCGAAGAGCAUCUCUCGUCUGUCUCGCGUGUGGUGGCCGCCAGUCUGUGUGCGCUGGAGGGGAAGGGGACAGAAGUCCUGGUCGCUGGCAGAGAAACCCUCUCUUCUACCCUCAUCUUGUGUACAUGUGGAGGGGGCUGCCGCACACACAGGCAGCUACUUGGCAAGGCACAGGCGGGCUGCCGAGUUAGCAGAGCACCGGGGAUGGAGACCAAAGUCGGGUCGCAUCGCAGGACGCACGUGUGGCCAAGCUGAAGACAAGACGUGCUACUAACCCACUGGCCGCUCCACACACUAGUAUCCGCAGCCUAAGCGCCAUCAAACGCCAUGUGCCCAGUGAAGUCAUCUCCCUGUGCAGCUUCAAACCGAAUUAGAUACGAAUGAAACACUUCUGAGGACAAACGCAUGCUGCAAAGCGUUACAAGUUAGCCAUGCGUAUGCAUGCUUUUUCUUCCUUUGUUUUCACAUUAAUGAACCGUGCACAACUCGUGCGAGACAGCCUGUGCGUGUUAACCACUGCGAAGCAGCUCCACGUAAAUUUCGGGGUGUUUGUCUUGCUUAGAUGCACUCAUUAUUUAUAACAGUUGCUGCGCACGGCACAACAUGCCAUGUGGUCAGCGGCAAACAAAUAGCACAACGUUGGAAUAGACGAGAGGUCAUACAUUUCCUGAAUUGAGAGGCGUUAUAAGAAUUUGGGGGGGGGGGGGAAGAGACGGGAGUGACAUCCACAGCUAGGCAGCGAGGGAAGAAGUUUUACAGUCAACCCUCGAUUAUCCAGAGUAACGAGGUGGAGGGAGGGAUGGAUGUCUCGGAUAACAAUACAAAAACAUGGAUAAUGCAAAACUCUGUAAAUUAAGACUAAAACAACAUAUGUAUUGCUUGACUAUGUAGAACGGGAGUGAAGACGUAGAAUGUCGUAAUCUGGUUGUUGUUUUUUUUGCUUGUUAAAGUAAUUCGUUUGCGGUCCGGUGGGCAAUGAGUGACUGACCGGUGGAGAGUAAAAAGCAGCGAGUAAUGGAACCAGUGCACAUGCACGCGAAAAAGGUGCCGAUUGAGCACGGUUAGUCCGCAACCUGGCUAACCUGCCCACGGAUAAUUAAUUCAACUGCAUUCGAAUUAACGAUGCGAAUGGGGGUUUCCCCAAGCUCCCAGCAAUGGGUGGUCUCUCAGAGUCUCUCCGACACCUGGAUGAUGUCCAAGAGCAGGAACAUGGGAAGGGAGGGAGCGUGGCCAGAAGUGAAGGUGACAAGAGAGGCUCAUUGGGACGACACUGGGACACCAACAGUGUUCACAAAAAGUAAAGCAAAAAAAAAGGGGGGCACCCUGAGCAAAGCGACAAGAGGUGCGGCUAGGGUUAGAGCCAGGAUCGGGGCUCAUUUUUCAGAAUCGCAAGCUGACUUCAGCUGACCUCUGGGUGCUACUUCAAUGUUUAUCUAGGUAACCCACACUCUGUCGUACUGCCUGGAGAGAAAUGCCUGUGGAUUUAUACGAUUAAGUGAGCUAGUUUUUAGCUUAAUUUGUGACACCAAGUGUCAAUUUAGAACGCAGAGGAUUGACUUUUUUAAAAUAAUUAAUACGCUGCAAAAGCACAUCGUGUAGUUAUUGCGAAAAAUGGCGAGAAUAAGUUGAUGCAAUUUUAUGAGAUUAAUGCUGUCAUUGUGAAUUGGGUUAACUUAAUUUGAACUGAACGCAGCCGCAAAUGUGAAGGUUAUAGACCAGGGGUGGGGAACCUUUUCGUUACAGAGGGACCUUUAGCGGGCGACCACACAUUAACACUCCACUCAGCCACUACCACCACUAACAUAAACCCUUGCAGUCACAAGUGAUUGAGCGCGCUAAAUUUUCAACACACUGUUUGAGGCUUUGCCAGAUCAAACAUGUUUCCCUAUAGUACCCAAUUAGUGCAGCUAAGCUGCGUGCCGCGACCGAAAAACAUCGUUUGCCGGCACGUUUCGGAAGUGGUUGGCUUUCCGGGUGCCCACCGGCCAUAUAUAUGUCGAGGUGCCAUGUGAAACAAAGUCAUGCCAGUAGGCCUUGGGUUCCCUACCCCUGUUAUAAUAGAAGUAUGGGCGUCAAACCUGAGCACUUUAGCACGCUUGUGCCCUGUUGUUGGUUUUUUGUAAUUAAAAUAAAAAUGCCAUUUAUACAGGAAA